AUGGCUGUACGCGGAGGCUCUGCGCUUGCCGUCUUUCUCCAUUUGGUUCUCGUCUUGUUCCUUUCGCACGCUUUACCCUCGCUGGCGGACUCCCUCAGCACUGCAAGCAAUGCUGACUCUCGUCGACUUCAAGCCGCGUCCGGCGGCCCCUCGCAGGGUGCAAGGAAGGCGUUUGCGCCACGCCUUCGAUCGGAGCUGGAGAAGGAUGAGGGCGCAUUCGGGGCUGUGGAGGCCGAGGAGUGCACUGCUGGUACGGGGAAGAAGUGCAGAAGCCGAGAGUGGGCCCCGGUCACGAUUGUAGACGACGGCCUCUUCGACGUGAUCAAUCCGACCAUCAGUGGCGACGAAAAAGAUGAACUGAACUGGCGCGUGCACCAGCAGGAAGAAGGCGCAGGGACACCAGAGUCGAACGGGGAACGAUCGGAACCGCGGGACCAAGCAAAAGCCCGCACUCUGACGAAAGGGGGAGACGCCGGACGGAAGCCGCGGAACGAUCAAGACAAGACCAAACCGCGCGUGGACGCCUCCAUUGACGGAAAGCUCGCGGGGCCGGAUGAUGGUGACAGCUCGCCUAUCGGAGCGUCCAGCGCAACACCCGCGGAGAAACCGGAGGAUGCGGUCCCGAAACCAGGGCGUGCAGACUGGAAUCCGUGGAAGCUUCUGGAUGAGAAUCCGCUGCCUAACAAUCGAGAGAACUGGGAGGAAGAGGAAGACACCGAAGACGCAGACAUAGAUCCUGACGUUUUGCCUGAUGCCCCGGACGGUUCUCCGCGAGAUGUCAUACCUGAUCCGGGAGAUGAUGUUGCGCCUGAUCCUGGAGAUGAUGUCAUACCUGAUCCUGGAGAUGAUGUCAUACCUGAUCCUGGAGAUGAUGUCAUACCUGAUCCUGGAGAUGAUGUCAUACCUGAUCCUGGAGAUGAUGUUGCGCCUGAUCCUGGAGAUGAUGUCAUACCUGAUCCUGGAGAUGAUGUCAUACCUGAUCCUGGAGAUGAUGUUGCGCCUGAUCCUGGAGAUGAUGUCAUACCUGAUCCUGGAGAUGAUGUUGCGCCUGAUCCUGGAGAUGAUGUUGCGCCUGAUCCUGGAGAUGAUGUCAUACCUGAUCCUGGAGAUGAUGUCAUACCUGAUCCUGGAGGUGAUGUUGCGCCUGAUCCUGGAGAUGAUGUCAUACCUGAUCCUGGAGAUGAUGUCAUACCUGAUCCUGGAGAUGAUGUUGCGCCUGAUCCUGGAGAUGAUGUCAUACCUGAUCCAGACGGGGAAGCCGUCCACCCACCGGGAAAAGAGAAGAGCCCUGGAGAUGGUUCUGGCGGCCGUACGCGGCGCGGUUCUUCGCCGUCGGAACCUACGAAAAAAGAGCCCGAUACUAGUUCGUCAACGCCAUCUCCUGGUGAUGAAUCCACUCCUGUGGACUCCGGUGUAACGAAAUGGUCCGGUGCAGGCGUUUAUCGUGGCACUGCGAUCACGCUGAAUGCACAGUGGAUUGACACGCACGCAGUAGGACAGCAAGGAAUUCGGCUCGAGUAUCAGGAGUCGGUUUUUCCCGCACCGCCUGUUCUUCGGAAAGUGGCUGUGAAAAGCACGUGGAACCAAACCGUCAAAAUUUUCGUGCGCACAACGAGGGCCCGUUUCAGUCCGGCGCCUCGGCCCAUUUUCACCCCUCCUGAGACCGCGACGUUUUCGGAUUCAUCCUUGUCUCCCUGGUGGUCCACGUGGACGAGUUCUGCGGUCCACGCUGCCAUGGCGGCCACGAGUUCAGUGGCGGGUUUCCUAUUUGGGACUGAUGCAGGGUGGAGCAGCGAAGAGAAACCCGAAGCGAAAGGUCCCACCAUAACCUCUCUCAAAAAUAUGCUGAAGCAGUACAGACGGUUCAAACGAAAACACCCUGGAAAACCCGGUGAGCUAGUUAUCGACUUUUGCAAGGACGAGUACGACUCAAGCUCUGUCUCCCACGCAGCGUCGUCUCCUUCCGUCCCAGAGUCUUCCUCCACCGGUCCCGUACGGGCGUCCCACAAAUCAUCAAAAGAUUCUCCCUCUUCUUCGGCUCCUUCUCCGUCUGCUUCCUCGUCUUUUGUGGGUCAGAAUACAAGACGCGACAAUAAGGCAGAAACUGAGGGGGUGCGUCGAACGGUGUCGUCUUCCGAGUCGAGAUCUGCACAAGAAGAGAAUCAGAACAGGAAGAAAAGACCAAAGAAGAGGAGAAAAGCUCUCGCCAAUGCCCACAAUAUUCUUGAAACACAGGACGGACUUGCGUUAGUCAACCGAAUCCGCGACAAAAUGACAGAAUUGUUUGGAACCCCGUCCACGGCUGUCCAGGCCCUUGUAAGCACCGGGCACGUAAUUGUAACUCUUCCAGCAGAAGGCGUGGACAGGUCCAGGCUUCAGGCGCUCCUAGAAACUAUCCAGGACACGUUUGGAAACAAUAUCGAACAAUGGUCCUUCUCUGAAAUAGUUCAACUCCGGACUGUCGUCCGCGAAAGCGACCCCCGUCCGCAUGCCCAGAUGGUUGCGAAGAUGGAAUCGCUAAGCGGGAAAAGUGCGCAGUCGUCGAAAGCGAGUUCGCUCUCCGCCAGGAGUGAGAUAGCCAGGAAGAAAUCCCCGUUUGAGGGAAGUAUGCCGACUGACUCAGCGCUGGAAUCAAAACUCUACGGGAUGUACAUGAUCACGGCAACAAACGCAUGGAUCCACGGAGAAUCAGGCGACGGUACCGUGGUCGCGGUUGUUGAUUCCGGUAUUAGCCCCCACCCUGACUUAGAUUGUAAUUUUUGGAAGAAUCCGUACGAGGAGCAGGAUGGCCGUGACGAUGACGGCAAUGGGCUGAUUGACGAUCAGCGCGGCUAUGACUUUGAAGAGAAUAGGUCUGAGCCGGACGAUAGGAAUGGACACGGCACCCAUGUUGCAGGAAUCAUCGGCGCAUGCGCCAAUGGGGGAGGCACUGUUGGUGGGGCACCAAAGACGCAACUCAUGGCUCUUCGAUUUAUCGACAAAAACGGCUUGGGAUCUAUGGCGAACAGCAUUCGUGCGCUGAACUAUGCUAUAGACCACGGUGUUCAAGUCAUCAACAAUAGCUGGGGUGGCCCCCAAUCGACGGCUGUGUUGCGGCGACUGGUUCACAUGAGUGCGGCCGCUCGAAACGGAAAAGGCAUCCUCCUUCUCAAUGCUGCAGGCAAUGAGUCUUCGAAUAACGACGUCUACCCGUCGUAUCCUGCCAACUGGGAUCAAGACAAUACCAUUAGCGUGGCGGCCAUUGACAUUAAUGGAGAGUUAGCGGACUUCAGCAACUACGGCAGAGAAGCGGUUGACAUGGGAGCCCCCGGUGUCAAAAUAUAUUCAACCAAGCCUGGCGGCGACUACCAGCAUAUGUCAGGAACGUCCAUGGCGACACCCCAUGUCUCAGCCGUUGCAGCCCUGAUAUUCGGGGCCUUUCUGCGUAAUGGAUACGAUGCUCCCGCAGCAGAAGUGAAAGACAUCAUCCGUCUCACUGCUUCUCCGGUCGACCAGCUCAAGGAUGUGACGAGAUGGGGUACAAGGCCAAAUGCUGGAGAUGCUGUUCUCAUGGCCCGGAUGGGAGGGAUGUUCGCACAGGCAAAGUGCGAAGAUAUGGUUUUCGAGCUGGACGCCGGAUCUGCUCACAUCGUCGACAUUCAUUUGAUGGGGUAUCGCCGUGGCACAUAUACGGCUGAUUUAACAUUCGAUGUUUUCUCCGAAAACGGCUACCGUCUGGACCAAAUAAGAGUUCCGAUGAAGCUCGUUAUCUCCUCGGAGCCGCGCGAAGACGAUAACGACUCACGUGCAGCGGCGGCAUUCUCGGACGUCGUGUCGACAUUUUCAGCUCACCCAUCUGAAGGCUUUGAAGAGCUAUGCCGUUUGCAGGCGAAAAUUCAUGCUGAGCGGAAAGCAUCGCCCGCCAUGAUUAUUGCCAUCUGCGUUGGGGUGCUCGCUGUCGUGUUGGCUCUCCUUCUUGCCAUUUUGUGCUGCAGAAGCGGGUAA